CCUGCGAACUCUGGUUUUGUUUCUCUCUCACUUUGAAUUCGAACGAAGAACACAAAAUCAGUUAAAGUAAAAAAAAGAGAAAACGAAAACAAAAACCUUCGACGUUUCCUAGUGUUCCCACUGGUUUGUGCUGUGCGCCACCGUGCGUGGCCUGAGAUGUUGCCGGCGCCACCGGGAACAACAACCGUCGUGGUGAGAAUCUCACGCUACCGGUGAUUGAAUUGAAGACUCUCUGUGUGGGUCCCAUAAAAAAAAACAACAACAAUGGAAGCUCCGAAGAAGAAGAGCCAAACCAAGCUCACCCGAACCCAAUCCUCGCUUCUUCGCUGUUCUUCUCCGACAACCCGAUCCUCCGUUCACAGCCUCUCUUCGGUCAACGAAGACGAUUUUCACGACGAAGAGGAAGGCGAGAAGAACAGGUACAAGAAGAGGAAGAACAAGACCAAUAAACCCGGUUCGACCCGGUUCGUCGCUGCCGCUCCGGUUCUUGGCUUCUUCAGCGCCUGCUCGCUUUUCUUCUACCUCGUCUACUUCUUCUAUCUGGGAACCCAAGCGGUGGCACUAUCCACUACGGAGAACGUGUUGCUUGUGCUGAUUUUUGUCGCCGUGGCGCUCUACUUAGUGAACAGAAACAAGGUCUUGAUCCAAAGAAGCGUUUCGGUUCUGAAACAUUCCUGGGACGGGAACCUGAAAAGGCUCGGUUUUUCUUCAAAGGGUAGCGCGAAACCGGUUCAGUGGUUCAUCGGGGAAACCGGUUCAACGACUGGGGUGGGAAAGGACUCAAAUGAGAAGAAGGGGAUUGCAAAGGAAGGGGUGGAGUUUUAUAGCAAUGGGGAUUUUUACGAGGGUGAGUUUCACGGAGGGAAGUGUAAUGGGAGUGGGGUUUAUCAUUACUUUGUGAGUGGUAGAUACGAGGGUGAUUGGGUUGAAGGAAGGUAUGAUGGAUAUGGAAUUGAGAGCUGGGCCAGGGGUAGCCGCUACAAGGGUCAUUAUAGGCAAGGUUUGAGGCAUGGUUAUGGGGUUUAUAAGUUCUAUACUGGAGACUCUUAUGCUGGUGAAUGGUUUAAUGGACAGAGUCAUGGUGUGGGAGUUCAGUCCUGUUCUGAUGGAAGCUCUUAUGUUGGUGAGUUUAAGUAUGGCGUCAAGCAUGGACUCGGAUGUUAUCAUUUUAGAAAUGGAGAUAGAUAUACUGGAGAGUAUUUUGGAGACAAAAUACAUGGAUUUGGGGUCUAUCACUUUGCCAAUGGCCACUGUUACGAGGGAGCAUGGCAUGAAGGUCGUAGGCAAGGUUAUGGUGUGUAUACUUUUCGAAACGGUGACCGAAGAUGUGGUGAAUGGGAUGCUGGCAACCUCAAGCACUCUCUACCACCAACUGAUGCUAUCCUUGGAGCAGUUCAGGCUGCUAGGAAAACAGCAGAAAAUGCCAUAAACCUUCAGCGGAAGGAUGACCAGGUGAACAAAGCAGUAAUCGCUGCAAACAGGGCUGCCACUGCUGCUAGAGUUGCUGCAGUGAAAGCUGUUCAGAACAGAAUGGGUGGUAAAUUUUGCGAUAGUGUCUAAGAGUUUAGAUGUUAGCUUUUGUUUGCAAUUGUAAAUUUUACUAAUUGUAAGUACUUGAAAGAUGCCACCCCGAUGAACAAAAGCUUAUCGGAGGUUGAGGAGUAUGUUUCCCAAUGUAAUUUGUAUAUAAACCAUAUAUAUCGAAGAA